GCUCUCCCUGGCAAGCUUAAUCAAUCACCAAGAUUCGCACUUCAAGCACCAACUAAGAAUGGGAGACUGGGAUAUUUACUGUGCGAUUUGCGGGGCCCCUUUUUCUAGCCGGGUGGAUAUUGACCCGGAAGGAACCGAGGGGAAUCGUUACCGCUACGAGAUCCUCAAAAACUCCAGCUUGAAAUGGCUCGAUGAAGUCCGUGCUCUAGGGAUCAAUGCAGACUCACCCGCAACCGAUAAAUCGUACUUAACUGGUCUUGGUUGUUACUCGGACAUGGGGUGUAUAGAUGUUGUCAUCGGAAAUGAUCCCAACCUUGUCAUGGAGCGCCCUGAUCUGGAACCUCAAGAGGAGAUUAGUCUAGUAGCAUACCAGGAUUAUAACGACGAGGAGGCACCGCAUGUCUUUCCUUUCCAUUCCAUCUGCUACGAGGAAAUUCUUCUGCGAUGUCUGUGGAAAGUGUCCAGGCAGCUCCAACGCGAAGUUCUCUUCAACGCAUUUGAUGCUUUGCAUGAUGCGGGCUACGUCAGGCUCAACGUGGACUACGGAGCGCCCAAUCCGCCGGAAGAACAAUACUGGAAAGCCAACAAGGGCGAAGAGAGACCAUCGGCUAAGGUUUGUGAGGUCCUGAUGGUGAACCCGGUCAAGAUCCCCGAAUUGGAUGCUCAACUCAGCAAGAUCGCCAAGUUUCGCGGGAAGAGUAAUGAGUCGAUGGCGAAGGCAUGGCCUCCAAGACAGGAUAUAUUCAGUCGACUGCCAAUUGAGCUUCGUCAUGAGAUUUUCAUAGCCCUGCCAGCUGGCUCGAUCCUUGCUGUGAAGGCUGCUUCUGCGGUGAUGCAUGCGGUUCCCUUGACUGCCAGACUUUGGAGGCGGAAGUUGGAAUGCGAGGUGCCGUGGCUAUGGGAACUUGCGGACUACAACGUUUUCCAAUCCCAGGAGGCGGAAUCUCGGGCUUCAGAGCUGCUGCUCAACAUUGAUCAGAAAAGCCGAUAUACGUCUGAAAAUGACGACUAUAUCUUUGGAUUGGCCAAUCGACGGAGGAUCUGGGGUGUUUGCCAGCAGAUUCAAAGUAAAUACCUGGAGUUGCUCGAAGGCACGUCCGUUAUGGAUGGAUGA